AUGAGAAACAAGAGACAAGAUCCAGAGAUUAAAAGCAAGGAAAGGGACAGUAAAAGAAACAAGAGACAAGAUCCAGAGUUUAAAGACAAGGAAAGAGACCGUAUGAGAAACAAGAGACAAGAUCCAGAGAUUAAAAGCAAGGAAAGGGACAGUAAAAUAAGCAAGAAACAGGAUCCAGAGUUUAAAGACAAUGAAAGAGACCGUAAGAGAAACAAACGACAAAAUGCAGAGUUUAAAGGAAAAGAGAGGGACAGUAAGAGAAACAAGAGACAGGAUCCAGAGUUUAAAGACAAUGAAAGAGACCGUAUGAGAAACAAACGACAAAAUGCAGAGUUUAAAGGAAAAGAGAGGGACAGUAAGAGAAACAAGAGACAGGAUCCAGAGUUUAAAAGCAAGGAAAGGGACAGUAAGAGAAUUAAAAGGCAAGAAGAAGAAUAUAGGCAUGAUGAGCAAAUAAGAGAUUUAAAGAAGAAAAAACAAAUGAGACAAAAUUCUAACCAGUUAGAAAAAGAGAGAUUGAAGAUGAAAGAAAAGAGAAAAAAUGAACACUAUAGAACAUCAGAGAAUAUUGCUGCAAAACAAUCAAAAGCACACUCACGAGGGAAUUUGGACGAUAUUGAAACUGAAAAACAAAGAUACAGAAAAAAUGACAACUGGUUCCAUGAGGUCACCAAUUCUGCAAGCGAAUUAAUGAGAGAAUUUAUAGAGGGUCACACCAAUGAAGAUUCAGCAAUGCAUGACCAAUCAGAUGGAUCAGACUCUGAUGAAUUCUGUGAAGUUGAUAGUGGUAAGGAUGGAAAUCGUGAUACUCUAUUAGACAGUGACUCAUAUGACAUGAAUCAGAUCUUCACGUUUGCUCCAGGAGAGGGACAGCGUCCAAUUAGUUUGUAUCAAGAUCAAAUGGCUGAGUAUUUGUCAUUUCCAACAAUAUUUUGUGCUGAAGGAAGAGUAGAAAACGAUCAGCGUCAAGUACCUGUUUCAUAUGCUGAUAUUGCCAAGUGGGAAUUACGAAGUGCUGAUAGACGUGCUGCACAGUCGGCAGAACAGAUGGCGCAGGAUGAUUUGACAGAAGCAUAUGAUGAAUUAGCUCCUGGUGCUCAACAAACUGAUGCAGAUGAUGAAUAUGAAGGAACUGUUGACUCUGAAACAUUUGUUCACUUUAAUCCAGAAAGGCCAAUUGAACAGAGAGAGUAUGAUAUAGGAAGCGAUGUUGGAAUUCCAUCAACAAGACAACUGAAUGAGCAGAGUUCUGUUAGAUUACCUGAUGAUGAGUAUUUAAAGCUUGUAGCCAGUUUAAAUUUGAAGCAACAGGAAUUCUUCAAUCAUGUUAUGCAAUGGAUCAAGUAUAAACAGGAACCUAUUCAUGCAUAUCUGUCAGGAGGUGCAGGAGUUGGAAAGUCAGUGUUAAUCAGAGCGCUUUAUCAAGCUUUACAUCGGUAUUUAGCUGCUAAGGAGGGUGAGAAUCCAGAUGAUAUACGAAUUCUUCUUUGUGCAUACACUGGUAAAGCUGCAUUUUACAUUGGUGGUCAAACAAUUGUUUCUGCAUUUCACCAGAAAAUUAACCAAAAAGCAGCAAAACAUGCAUUGUGA